AUGAGUGAGGAAUUUUCUGCUCUUAUAAAUCAAAAUACAUUGUGCUUAACUUCUUUACCUCYGGGAAAGAAUGCCAUUGGAUGUAAAUGGGUAUACCGAAUCAAAAGACAUYCUGAUGGGAGUGUUGCUUAUUACAAGGCAAGACUUGUUGCCAAAGGUUAUCACCAAGAGGAGGGCAUUGACUAUGAUGAGACAUUCAGUCCGGUAGUCAAGAAACCCACAGUCYAUUCAUCACUGUUUGUUCGCAACACUGGAGGUUCAGUUACUUACCUUCUGCUUUAUGUAGAUGACAUAAUUGUAACAGGAAAUAGUUCCUCCUACAUAARCACAUUGAUCUCCUUAUUAAAAGACCGGUUUGAUAUGACGGAUCUGGGCAAUCUUCAUUAUUUUCUUGGGCUGGAAAUUACCUAUACUUCUGGUGGUAUAUUGGUUAAUCAAGCUAAAUAUACUCGUGAUAUUCUUAAAAGGUUUGGAAUGCUCUCUGCCAAACCAUGUUCUACCCCACUUGCCUUGGUGAACUCUUCUGAUUUAGGGGAACCAUGCUCUACGGAAGAUGCUAGAAAUUAUCGUUCUUUAAUUGGUGCCCCCAAUUACUUGACAUUUAGUAGACCUGACAUUGCCUUUUCGGUCAGUAAGUUGUCUCAACAUAUGCACAAGCCUUUUGUUUAUCAUCUCACCGCUGCUAAACGUAUCUUAAGAUACUUAAAUGGUACUGUUGAUCUUGGCUUAGUUUUUCGAAGGCAUCCUACAGCUUCUUUACAACUCCAUGCCUUUUCUGACUCCGACUGGGCUGGCGAUACUAUAGAUAGGAGGUCUACCACUGGUCUUGUUAUCUUCUUAGGUUCUAAUCCCAUUUCUUGGGGAGCAAAGAAACAAACAACGGUUUCUCGAAGCUCUACUGAAGCUGAAUAUCGGGCACUGGCAUCCACAACUGCUGAGUUAUCGUGGCUGCGUCAGAUUCUUAAAGACCUUGGUGUUUUUAGCUUUCAGCAGCCUAUAUUAUGGUGUGACAACAUAUCARCCAUACAGCUUGCCCACAAUCCGGUGUUUCAUGGUCAAACUAAACACGUGGAAAUUGACUUCCAUUUUGUCCGGGAACGAGUUAUACGAAAGGAUAUUCAACUUCGUUACAUUUCCACUGAUCAGCAACUGGCUGAUUUAUUCAYCAAGGUUAUUACUACUCUUCGGUUACAAUUUCUUCGUUCCAAACUUCUGUCUCGUUGA